AUGAUGACUUCCAUCACGAAAUGGAUUGCGCUGAGCUCCUUGCUCAUUAGCGCCAAUGCCUUCUACAUUCCUGGCGUUCAGCCUCAAGAAUUCAAGGAAGGAGACAAGGUGGAAAUGAAGGUGAACUCAAUGACCUCUUACCACACUCAAAUUCCAAAGGACUACUAUCGUCUCCCGUUCUGCCAACCUGCUGGUGGGCCCACAAUGGCCUCUGAAAACCUGGGAGAGUUCUUAACUGGUAAUAAAAUCCAGAGCAGUGCUUACGAUCUGAACAUGAAGACAGAAAUGUACUGUAAGAUUGUCUGCCAACAGCAGCUCAGCAAGGUCGAGGCUGCCAAGUUGCGUUUGCACAUCAAGUACGGUUACCACAACAACUGGAUCAUUGAUAACCUGCCUUCUGCAUCUGUGGGUAUUAGUGCUACCACCAACGAGAAGCAAACCCACUAUGCUGGAGGAUUCCCCAUUGGUUUCCUUGAUUCCCGUGACCGCGAUAAGAAGGCCUACAUUUUCAAUCACGUAAACAUCAUCUUGAAGUACCAUCAAAGAGAUCCUGCUGUGGAAUCAUACCGUGUGGUUGGCUUUUCUGUCGAACCCAUGAGUAUCAAGCACGAAUUCCAAGGUGGAUACACAUGGGAUGAGGAUGAUGAAUAUCGAUUCAGCAAGCCUUUGAGUACCUGUACUCCUGGGGCUCACAUGGACCGUGACAGGAUCUUUGCCAACCAAGUUGUUUCCAACGACGAGAAGAUUCUUUUCACCUAUGAUGUCUUGUGGGAGGAGAGCGACGUUGCCUGGUCUUCGCGUUGGGAUAUCUACUUGAACGAGAACGAUUUGGUUCCUGCUCAAGUCCAUUGGUAUUCCAUCACCAACUCUAUCCUUGUGGUUGUCUUCCUUUCCAUGUUGGUUAUUUCUAUCUUGGUUCGCAACCUUCGCCGUGAUAUCGAGGCUUACAACGCCCUCGCAGUUUUGGCUGAUGAAGAAGAAGAUGAAGAUAUUGAUGAGACUGGAUGGAAGCUUGUUCACGCGGAUGUCUUCCGCCCACCAGAGACCUACCCCAUGCUCUACUGCGUCUGCAUUGGAGGGGGUGUCCAAAUGCUUGUCUGUACUUUCUUCGUCAUUGUCUUGAGUGCCGUUGGAUUUUUGAAUCCUGCUCGCCGUGGAUCCUUGAUGAACGCCAUUCUUGUUUUCUACAUGCUGUGCGGUAUCAUCAACGGAUACGUAAGCAGCAAGUUGUACAAGUCUUUCAAGGGACGAUUGUGGCAACUAUGUACAGUUCUUUCGGCUCUAGCCUUCCCUGGAGUUGCCUUUACUCUUUUCCUCAUCUUCAACAUUAUCCUUUGGUUCAUGAAAUCUUCCGCUUCUGCUCCAUUCUUGGAUGUCAUGAUCCUUGCCGCUAUGUGGUGCUGCGUUUCGAUUCCUUUGGUCUUCUUGGGUGCUUACUUUGGAUACAAGCAAGAAUCUAUUGCAUUCCCAACUGUCACUUCCACCAUUGCUAGAGCCAUCCCACCGCCACCACUGCUUUUGCAACCAUGGGUUGGAAUCAUCACUGCCGGUAUCGUUCCUUUUGCCGCUGCUUAUGUUGAACUUUUCUUUAUCAUGACGAGCUUGUGGAUGGACCAGUACUACUACGUCUUUGGAUUCACACUCAUUGUCUACAUCAUCUUGAUUGUGACAUGUGCCGAAGUCACUAUUCUUUUGGUGUACUACCAACUUUGCGCUGAAAAUCACCGUUGGUGGUGGUUCUCGUUCUUGGCUCCAGGAUCCACUGCCUUGUACACUUUCAUCUACAGUAUUGUCUGGUUCCGUUCUUUGGAGGCUUCCAACAUGUUUAUGACAUACAUGCUAUACUUUGGUUACAUGGCCUUGAUCUGCGGUGGUAUGAUGCUUGUCACUGGUACCGUCGGUGCCUUGACAUCGUUGUGGUUUGUCCGAAUGAUCUUCGGAACCAUUAAGGUUGAUUAG